AUGUCCCAACGGGCAGACCACUCUCCUCCCCAUACACCUCCCUCCCAAACCGCGAGAUACAAUCCCUCCAAGCGUGGGUACCCAGCUCGAGCAUCCAUCCGUGAUGCUUUCCCAGACGUCAUGGAUAAUCCCACGAGAACCAGUGAAUCGGGAGAUGAUCGAGACCCGCAUGAUCUGUCUCUAUCCCCGCAACAUGCUACACGGACGUCAAUCGUCGAUAACAUGCUUCUUUCGCUCGAUCAAUUCGCCCCUAGUUCAUCUGUUCUAGAUGACUACCGGCUUUUCAAUUCCGCAUUCGAAACCGACCAUAACAGCCGUUACUCGCAAGAAUCUGAUUCGCAUGGCCGAUACCGCGGACACACAUUCUCCUCAUCAAUGUCCUCAGAACCGGAUUAUGGAUACGAAGAUGGGAAUGGCCGCUAUGCAACAAUAAUGGCGACCAAGGGCCGGCGCAGCAACAGUAGCUCUAAUCACCAGCCGACACCGAGGCAGAUCGGAAACUCGCGUGGUGGUACCGGUACCGGAACCAUGCCACGAACAAACACUGCCCGAAAAGGCAGCAAAGGAAGCUCAUCCUCCGCCGCGGACUACUCUUAUACAAUUCCCAGAGCACGAACGGAUCAAGGCUUGGGCCGACGCUCAGCCAGCUUCGAUUGUGGGCCAAAACGAGCGUUCGCACCUUAUACUGAUUCCAGUGUCGGUCAGGACUCAACGCUGUACGACGAUCACUAUGCUGCACCUACCCCGAGCGUUCCGGCGGGACCGCGAAAGGUUCACGAUUAUAAUAGAACACCAACAACUGCUGCCGCGCGGACACCGGUAGCAUCGCGGCGGAAUAGUAUAAAAUCUGCUCAUGCCCCUCAGAUUCGAAAAGUUCGGCCUGAAAACAUUGGUACAGGGACCAUUAGAGCUCGGGACAAUGACUUCCAAAAUAUGGAUGAUACGGAGCUUGACCCCCUCCGGCCAUCACGGCAUCAACCAACGGCAGCUACCACAGUUUCAACCAACAUCCCAACCAACGUCCCCAUCAACCAUCCUGCUCCAAGCACAAAAGACCGCCCGGGCUUCUUCCGGCGUGUCUUUGGAUCAAAGUAUCCGUCCCCUGUACCCGCAGAUGCAGCAAGUAUAAAUGCCACCGAUCCAUCACACCCACAAGAAACCGAAAGGAGAGAAAUCAAUGGGACUGCUAGCCCGAAGGCACGACCUCAGCAGGCAGCCAAGAACUCUGCAGGUGCUUCUCCGUCCUCCGCUCGCACAGGACCCCAUCAGGUCGUGAAUAAGAAAUCUUCGUUCUUCCGUAGACGGAAGAGAUCGGUGCCUGACCAUGCGCCUCCACCAAUUGUAAUUCCUCAACAUCUUGCACCACAGACCAUAGAUACUAUGGUGGCUCCAAGUCCCGUGAGCAGCCUUCGGCAGGUCAUGAAUCCUUACCUCGACGAAGAAUUAGACCAGAAAGAAAAUGCAGACUGGGAGGCCAAAAUUCGACAACCGGCAUUUUUACAGGCGCAGAAGAAAAGAGAAAGUGUUUCAGCUCCCGGGGCUCCCAAAACGAAGCCUUCUCUUCAGCCAUCUGCUGCCUCUCGUGGCCAAGACCUCUCGCCCCUUGCAGAGAAGGAUCGAUCGUCGAAUGGCGAAGCCUCCACAGACAAUGCCUUGCAGGAGAAGUCUCAGAAUGUUGCUGCUUCUGCUACUCUGUCCCCCGUCGCGGAGGACUUUUCGCGCAGAAUCAAACCACAGGUCGAUAUUCCUCAAAUCAAUGUAGCCAGAUUAGCGCUUCCAUCUGAGGACAGGGAUUAUGAAUCUCCCGUUGAUUCUAUAUCAACAGCAUCAAACUAUCAGACUGCUGCGAACACCCCACUUAUUGAGCAGGAAGAGUCUCAAACAGAGGAUGAUACCGAUGAUCAGACAGACGGACCUGGUGAAUCUAUUGAAGAUGGCCCUACGGCGGCAGACCGUGAACAAGCUCAAAGGCUCUUCGACAGCCAGGAUCAGGUGGUAGGCAACGAGCCUGCUGCCGCUUGGCUGGGUGACCCGGGUCGGGCAAUGGUUCGCGAAGCAUACAUGCGACUGUACAACUGGUCUAAUCUCAACAUUGUUGCCUCGCUUCGGGCUCUUUGUGAUCGUUUGGUGCUCAAGGGAGAAACUCAACAAGUGGAUCGAGUGCUGGAUGCCUUUUCGACUAGAUGGUGCGAUUGCAACCCGAGUCAUGGCUUCAAAGCUACUGAUGUUGUCCACACCAUUUGCUAUUCUAUUUUGCUACUCAACACUGAUCUGCACUUGGCCGACAUUGAUUCAAAAAUGACUAAAUCCCAAUUCGUUCGAAAUACCAUGCCCACUAUUCACCGAGUGGCAAUGGAUGCCGCACCGGAAGGAUUUGAGACAUUACGUCCAAUCAACCGCUCCAAGACCCAACCCCAUGAAGCGCACUCUGCUCCUGCAUCCGCACGAUCUGCAACUUUUCCUCCAGAAGUCACCCACAGCUCGUUUAAUAACGAGGGUGAUGCCAAUGUCGAUGCUGGGCCUUUGGUCAACACACCAUUCACUGGAACAGUGAGAGCCUGGGAGCAACAAGUUGAAACGGUACUGAAGGAAUUCUACACCUCCAUCCAGAAGCAAAAACUGCCACUGUUCGGUGCUCAACCAGAACGUGAAGUAUCUCGCAUGUCGUCCAACAACUUUUUAGGCCCCUCUAGCGGUACCCUCCGUAGGAGUCCCAGCACAAUUAGCAAGAGUGGUUCCGAUAUCUUCCCUCGCGGUCGUUCUGCCAAUUCAAGCCAUGGAGCUGCGCGAUGGUCAUCCAAACCCCGCUCCCGGGCUGGGAGGCUUUAUCCUCCGUCGAUGAUGGGCUCCAGCCGUACCAGCCUAGACGACCAAUCAUCUGUCUGGACUCCGACUGGGUCGAGUACCUGGAGUAAAUAUUCUUUGGGCAAGUUCACUUCAGCGUCUGUGGACUCUUUUGGCUCAGACUUCCCUCGUGGCGAAUACCAACAAUCUAUUGGUUUUGCCAAUGCUCUGAGUCAGGCCAUAAUCAGGGAGGACUCUGCUCCCUCGGUAUAUAGCUAUGAGGAACCCGAGCGAACGACCCCUCUGCUUGAAGAUGACACGUUGGCUCUAGCCGGAGCUCCGUGGGCUAAGGAGGGAAGCCUGAAGCAUAAGCAUCACCUAGAUGCGGUGGACAAACGGGCGAAGGACCGGAACUGGAAUGACUGUUUUGCGGUCAUACAGCAAGGCUGGAUGCGUCUUUUCUCGUUCAACAACUCCACCAAGUCGAUGCGGCAAAAGGCUAAGCAACCCGGCGGGGUUAUAGUCGGUGGCGGCAACUGGACGGAAAAUGCAGAAGAGCUUUGGAAGUUUAUGCUGCGCCAAACCAUCGCCAGUGCCUUACCAUCGCCUGGAUACUCCAAGUCUCGUCCUCAUGUCUGGGCCCUGAGUUUGCCUACUGGGGCGGUUCAUCUCUUCCAAGCUGGAACGCCUGAGAUUGUCCGAGAAUUUGUCUCAACGGCCAAUUACUGGAGCGCGCGACUAUCCAAGCAACCACUGGUAGGAGGCAUCAGCAACAUUGAAUAUGGAUGGAGCGACAGUGUCAUUAACAGCGCGCUGAUCGGCGGUGAAAGUCGAUCCCCGCCGCCUUCGUCAGGCGCACGGCCGAGUAUUCAAAGCUCCAUCCGAAGCUCCAUCGAUCAUCAAGGCGUGCGACCCCGACUUCCCGCCGAUCGGGUCAACAUCAGUGACUGGAGCCCACCGCAGCAAAGUAUGGUCGCCUCCAACUUGACAGAGGAGGAACAGUGGAAGGCUCUGCAGGCAUAUGUGCAGAACGUGGAGGAUGAUCUCUCUCGUCACAAUGAACUGCGUUCGGCGAUGAACCUUGCAUUCUCUCCACGCCACCCCAACGCCGCUAAAGCCAUGGCAAACUGGGAACGGAAAUCAUCAUAUCUGUUGCGUGAGAUAGUUAAGUUCCGCACAUAUAUUGACUCCCUACGCAACGCCAUCGGCUCCAAAGAAAGAAUUUUCGCUUCCACCAACUACUCUCAAGAGGAUGGGGAAGCAACUAUGGAACCCACAGAGUCUGUAGCGUAA